UCUCUCUCUCUCUCUCUCUCUCUCUCUCUCUUCCACCCCCGCUUCCCGCCAAAUCCAACACACAACCCCCCGAUCCGCGCGAAAUCCAAUGCUCUUCGUCAACACGCUCGCCGUGUUCGCGUCGUACGUCCUCUUCUACGUCUUCGGAGGCUACUUCUUUGUGAGCCAGUUAUUCAAGGAUUAUGAAGUUCGCAAUUCUCUCGUUCAGCAGAUUUACGCAGUAACGUUCGCCAUCUCAUGUGCAAUGUUCGAGCUCAUCAUAUUCGAGAUUUUGGACAUUUUGGAUCGGUCGUCUCGGUUGUUCCAUUGGAGGCUGGCUAUUUGCCUCAUGUUGUUUAUUCUCAUUGUACUAAUACCGCUCUAUCAAAUAUUCCUCAGUCUUCGGAACAUCAAGAUUCCAACACGAAGAGCUUCCUUGGCCGCUGGAUCCCUCUGGCUAAUUUACAUUUACUUUUUCUGGCGCCUCGGAGACUCGUUUCCAAUCCUGUCGGCCCAUCAUGGCAUCUUUACCAUCGAGCAGGGCAUUAGUCGAGUUGGAGUGAUUGGUGUCACGCUGAUGGCCAUUCUCUCUGGGCUUGGCGCUGUGAACUGUCCAUACACGUACAUGACCAUGUUCUUGCGAGCUGUCGAGGAUGCUGAAGUUCAGGAUUUGGAGAAAAAGUAUCUGCACACGCUAGACUUGAUAUACAGCAAAAAGCGCAAAGUGGUGAUGACCAAAAAGGACAGAACUAUGGAAGGCUCGUCACCAACACAACAGAGCGCAGAGUCAGGGCCAUCCUUGUUCGGAAGAGUGGCCAGCCUCUUUGGACGGCAGUCCGAGCACGAGAACAUUGUGCUUCUCGAGCAGGAGAUGCGCGCGUUGGAGCAAUCGAGUCGACAGCAGUUCCUGGAGCUCUCGGAGUUGCACGACGCGCAAGACCGAAAAGCGUAUUCCCAGACCUGGAAGGGUCGGUACUUUAACGCUCUCGGCUAUUUUUUCUCAGUGUACUGCGUCUACAAGAUUUUCAUGUGCUGCAUCAAUAUCAUCUUCGACCGUGUCGGCAAGGUGGAUCCAGUGACGCGUGGCAUUGAAAUUACCGUCGUGUACUUGAACAUGGAUUUCGACGUCAACUUUUGGUCUCAGCACAUUUCCUUCAUUCUUGUGGGCAUUAUUAUUGUGACCUCUAUUCGAGGCUUACUCAUCCAAUUGACAAAGUUCUUCUAUGCAAUCUCAAGUAGCUCGUCCUCCAAUAUUCUCGUGCUAUUCCUUGCGCAAAUCAUGGGCAUGUACUUUGUUUCGUCGGUCUUGCUGAUGCGAAUGAACAUGCCACUCGAAUAUCGAAUCAUCAUCACCGAGGUGCUGGGCGAUAUCCAAUUCAACUUUUACCACCGCUGGUUUGACGUGAUCUUCCUCUUUAGCGCGGUCGCCAACCUUCUCCUCAUCGGUCUUACCCAUCAGUUUGCCGUGCGGGACACCAACGUCGGCCCUCGAUCGAGCAAAGGCGCCUUCAAGAGUAUUUCGUGAUUGUGCCGAAGCGCGCUCAAAUGCCAUCUUUCGACAAUUGUCAAAAUGCACAGUGUUUCAUUCCAG